CGUUCUGUUUGCAUCAGACACUCAAGUCGUCUGGUGAUCAAGUGCCAAAUGCCCAGACUGGAGGAGCGCUGCUGGAGCUGCUCCUGUUCAUCGAAAGCUGAAACUGAGCAUCCAUCAGGAGCGAACUGGUUUGCAAAAGCUGAAGAGAUGAUGUCCAUCAUCACCACGGUGCUCAGGAGCGCCUGCGGCUCCUUACACUACGGCCGGGUCACCAACCUGAUCCGGCGGGGUCUCGUCCUCUUCACGGUCGGAGUCUUCCUCGCCCUGGUGCUCAACUUGCUGCAGAUACAAAGACAUGUCACCCUGUUUCCAGAUGAGGUGAUGACAACUCUGUUUUCAUCUGCCUGGUGGAUCCCACCAUGCUGCGGUACAGGAGCAGCUGUUGUUGGUUUGCUGUAUCCCUGCCUUGACAGCCAUUUGGGAGAGCCACACAAGUUCAAGAGGGAGUGGGCCAGCGUCAUGAGAUGCAUCGCUGUGUUUGUUGGCAUCAACCAUGCAAGUGCUAAACUAGACUUUGCCAACAAUGUGCAGCUCUCCCUGACGCUGGCGGCCUUAUCUUUGGGUCUCUGGUGGACAUUUGACCGCUCCAGAAGUGGCUUUGGAUUGGGCAUCACCACUGCCUUCUUGGCUACUGUCAUCACACAGCUACUGGUCUACAAUGGAGUUUACCAGUACACGUCUCCAGACUUCUUGUAUGUGCGCUCCUGGCUCCCGUGUAUAUUCUUCUCAGGCGGCGUUACUGUGGGUAACAUUGGGCGUCAACUUGCCAUGGUAAGAUGGUAGUUUUCUAACUGAAGGGCUAAAAUUUAGGGAUGCACAAUAUUGGA